GUUGCGCUGUGAUAAACACGACUAGUGUUUGACGGCUCGGAAUUGAUGAACAAUGUAUCCAGGAAGCUCCUUGGCGAGGUAAUGGUGCUCGUGUCUCCGCUACAAACGCGCAUGGACACGAAGUCCUCUCCUCGCUCCGUGUCCUCCGGGCCGAGACUCAUGUCCUCGCCGCCGAGACAGAGCCGUCAACAGCGAGCGCCUGCUUGUCAACAUUAGCGGGGAUGAAUGGUGGCUGUGUGGCGGCAGUUCACGUCAACAAGAAUAAAUAAGGCGUCAAAAUGAGGCUUUUCGUGUCGCUGCUGAAGAACACCAACGCCAAAGUGGAAUAUUACUCCCGCUUCUCGCCGUCUCCUCUCUCCAUCAAGCAGUUUUUGGAUUUUGGUAGAGAGAAUGCCUGUGAGAAAACCUCGUACAUGUUCCUGCGCAAGGAGCUGCCCGUGCGUCUGGCCAACACCAUGCGGGAAGUCAACCUGCUGCCAGAUAAACUGCUCAGCCAGACAUCCAUCCGCCUGGUUCAGAAAUGGUACAUGCAGAGCUUUGUGGAGCUGCUGGAUUAUGAGAACAGAAAGCCUGAGGAUCCUCACGCUCUGAAUGACUUUCUGGAGUUGUUGAUCGAGAUCCGUAACCGCCACAAUGACGUGGUUCCCACGAUGGCGCAGGGCGUAAUCGAGUACAAGGCUAAGUUUGGCUUCGACCCCUUCAUCAGCAGCAACAUCCAGUAUUUCCUGGACCGCUUCUACACAAACCGCAUCUCCUUUCGCAUGCUCAUUAAUCAUCACACUCUCCUGUUUGGUAACGACACCAACCCAGCUAUUCCCAAACACAUCGGAAGCAUCGAUCCUAACUGUUGUGUGGCUGAAGUUGUCAGUGAUGCUUAUGACACGGCCAAAAUGCUGUGUGAGAAAUACUACUUGGCAGCUCCUGAGCUCCGCAUUGAAGAGUUUGACAUGAAGGCCCCUAAAAAGUCCAUCCAGGCCGUGUACGUGCCCUCACAUCUCUUCCACAUGCUGUUUGAGCUUUUUAAGAACUCAAUGAGAGCCACAGUGGAGCUUCAUGAGAACAGCGCGGAAGGAUUACCGCCUGUGAAAGCAAAAGUCACUCUGGGUAACGAAGAUCUGUCCAUAAAGAUUAGCGACAGAGGAGGAGGAGUUCCUCUGAGGAAGAUCGACCGCCUUUUUAACUACACGUACUCCACCGCCCCGACGCCCAGCCUGGAGCCUGGCGCUGUCCCGCUGGCCGGUUUUGGCUAUGGUUUGCCAAUUUCUAGGCUCUAUGCCAGAUACUUCCAGGGGGACUUGAAGCUCUACUCUAUGGAGGGUGUGGGCACGGAUGCUGUGAUCUACUUGAAGGCCCUGUCGAGCGAGUCGUUUGAGCGUCUACCAGUCUUCAACAAGUCGGCGUGGCGCCACUACACCACCAGUCCCGAGGCAGACGACUGGAGCAACCCCAGCAAAGAACCGCGUGAUGCCAGCAAGUCCAAAUACAAGGCCAACAGAUAAAAACUCAUCACGCUUUCUUCAUAGUAUAAAGGAAAUGACCACUGGCCAGUGGCGUUUCUUAUUACUGUAACUCCAUUUUUGAACUGAUGAGUCCUGAUAACAUGUUCCACUGUGUCUCAUGUGCCAGAUUGAGUCAGGAGUAUCUCACCAUUGUCAAAAGGGUGUGUUUGCUUCUCCCUUUACAACUAGGAUUCACGUUUCAGUGGGACUUGAGACUGGAUGCACAAGCAGGCCAGUGUCGUCACUUUUGACGUUUUGCCAGCCCUGCAUUACAGCCUUGAAUCAACAAACCAUACACUGAGAUGAAAAGCCUUAUUAUUGAAUAUUAGGAUGGAUGUUUUAGGAUUUGUAGUUAUUUUAUAAAGCAGUGUGAUCGCCAUGCACCCAUCUUAAUCUUUAACUCAUAAAGAGCAAACAAAUGAUGAAUAACAAUAAUGUGCUUUUAAUCAUAACAAUGCAUCUCAUAUGAGUAUUGCUAAUCUUGGCUUCUUUUAUUUUAUUUAGUUAAAAUGCUACAAACAUCUAGCCAAUAUGUUUUAUCUGUUGUAUCGAAGGAUACACAUACUUUUUAAAUGUAAUUAUUUAGAUUUACCUGAAUAUCAGACAAUAUUUUCAUCUUAUAGUUGGGUGUCGCAAUUUAGACAUGCAAACCAACAACAGGUAGCGCCAACAUCUUUUCCUAAAGCGGGUUAGAGUUUUUCUUCCUGUCACUCACACAUGAUGCAGAGAUGCACCUGGGGGGAAAAUGUAAUUAAUGUUUGGUAAAUUUUUAGUAUAAUAGUAUCUGGGCUGUCUUAUGUUCCGGUCAAUAUGAGACAGAAUUAUUAUUUAUACAAAUGUGACAUCUACUGAAGUAAAUAAACCUUGCACUUAUCUGUACCCUGAAAUUAUGAUAUUUACUAACUUUUACAGAUUUUCGCUGUUUAUGAGAUUCGGCAGAUGUUGCGUUUUCAUUAUUAAUAUACAGUAAGUGUUGUCAACUACCUAUAGAAGUAUGAAUAAUGUAUUUGUUGUCUAUGUAUGUGGCCUGGUGUGGAAGCGCUCAUUCCAGCUUCAGAAAGAUGUACAUAUGUAUGAGGCGUGACAGUGGCCCCAUGGGGAGACGUGCAAUCAGCAACCAAAAUCAAUUCAAUCGAGCAAAGAAGUGAUUCAGCAUGAAAUUAACAAACAUGUUGUCAACCCUGGCAUUAAAAAAAUAUAUAUAUUCAAA